AUGCCGUUUCCUAUUCCAUUUUAUGCCAUCUGCGCGGGAGUGGCUGUUUCUACCGUGUUAUACGUGCAUCGUGAAGAGAUAAGUGAGUUUUUCGAGGAUUUGGCAGUUGAAGUGCUGGAAAAGAUCGAACGUCGCAAGAAUAGAAGAAUGAUAGCCAGGUCUCAGGAUAUAGGUGAUUCCACCACAAUGGCCGAAUCCCGGUCGACUGUUAGAAAACGGCGCGUCAAAGAUUGGAUCGAUGAACAGGAGUACUACGAAGACUCCGAUACAGAAAGUAUCGAAACACCUUCUCGCACAGCCUCGUCUGUUUAA